UUGUAGUCGAUCCCCAUGUCCCAAGGCGCCCAAGAUGGCAAGUUCUUCUCUCGCGGAAAACUCCAGGAGAUCAGAGAGGAUCUGCACAAGGCGCUCACCAAAGGCGACAAGAAAUGGGACAAACGAAAGACGAUCCUGAAGCGAGUGCUCGCAAACAUGACAAUGGGGAACGACAUGGCGUCAUUGUGGGGGGACAUAAUGGAGUGUUUGAACACGCCCGUCUUUGAGGUCAAGAAGAUGAUCUAUCUCUAUGUCAUGAACUAUGCUCGAAUAAAGGCAGAUCAAAUCGACCCCGCUAUUCGCUCCCUGUUGCAGGAUGCUAACGACCGCAACCCCCUUCUCCGCGCUCUCGCCAUACGCACCCUUGCCUACAUCCCCCUCCCUAUUGCUAUGGAAUCUCUAUGUGACCCCCUCCGGCAUUCCCUACGCGAGUCCGACCCUUACGUGCGCAAGACUGCAGCGAUUUGUGUCGCCAAAAUGUACAUGUUCGAUCAUCGAAUGUGCGAGCGCGAGGGGCUAGUCAAUAGCUUGCGAGCACAGAUGAUGGAUGAGAACGUCACUGUAGUGGCCAACGCGAUGGCUGCACUGAGCGAGAUACAGGAGAGGGGUGAUACACAGCUCAUUAAGCUCAAUGCCAGCACGGCGUUGAAGCUUACUGUCGCACUCAAUGAGAGUUCCGAAUGGGGCCAGAUCUACAUCCUGGAAGCGUUGAUGAACUUCGUUCCCCAACGACCGGACGACGCGCUAGCUCUUGGCAAAAAGCUCUCCAUCCGGCUACAAAACACCAAUUCCGCUAUCGUGCUUACCACCAUCAAGGUUCUUCUAUACCUCAUGAACUACAUGAACGACAGGGACGAGAUCGAGGAACUAUGCCACAAGAUGGGGCCACCUCUGGUCACGCUCCUCUCUUCCGGCCCGGAGGUGCAGUACGUCGCCCUUCGCAACAUCCUGCUUAUCAUCCAGCGACGGCCGACCAUCUUGCGGAACGACGUCCGGGUCUUCUUCACCAAGUACAACGACCCAAUCUACGUCAAACUUGCGAAGCUCGAGAUCAUGUACCGGCUCGCGACGGAGAACAACUACAAAGAAGUCCUUGUUGAGCUUGGGCAGUCGGCAGCAGAAGCCGAUGUCGACUUUGCACGCAAGGCAGUGCGCUCCAUCGGUCGGCUCGCCAUCAAGGUGCCCAAUUCGUCAGACAGAUGCAUAGGCCUGCUCCUAGAACUCAUCAAGAGCGAUGCGAGCUACGUUGUGCAGGAGGCUGCGGUCGUCAUCAAGGACAUCUUCAGGAGAUACCCGAGCGAAUACGAGAGCGUGAUCCCGCAACUUUGUGCGAAGCUGGAUCUGAUUACGGAAGACCCGGAGAGCAAGGCUGCGAUCAUAUGGAUCCUGGGGCAGUAUGCGGACAGGAUCGAUAACUCCCAUGAACUGCUGGACGACUUGGCAUACACAUUCCUGGAGGAGACCAAAGAGGUCCAAUUCGCCCUCCUUACCGCCGUAGUCAAGCUCUUCAUCCGCAAACCACAAGAAGCGCAAGGACUGGUUGCCAAAGUGCUCCAAGUGGCAACAGAAGAAGUCGACAACCCCGAUCUGCGAGAUCGGGGGUACAUGUACUGGCGGCUGCUGUCCUCGCACGCCUCGGCUGCGAAGGAUAUCGUAUUGGUGAACAUGCCGCCUAUAUCGACGGAUACGGACCGGAUGGAGAGGGGUGCGCUGGAUCAGCUGUUGCUGCAUACAGCCAGCCUGGGAUCAAUAUACCACAAGAACCCAGAGGGCUUCAUUCGCACUGCUCGACCGAAAUACCUCGCCGACAGCCCAGCACUGAACUCCACCUCCCGUGCAGUGCUCGUCCGUGCGCCAGACCUGAACGCGCCUACACAACUCCCCGCGCCGGCGAGCAUCCUUCCCACUACUCCGAGCGGGAUCCGGGAGCUUGCCGGUUCUCCUUUACUAGGCGAUAUAGGGGAGGAUGAGGGUGCACCGGCGCCUAUGUCUAUGGGCCAACUGGUGGACGACGGAGAUGGGGAAGACGAUCCCAGUGCGGGGAUUACGGGUAACGGGGCUGCCGCGGAGCGGACAAGCUCGCAGUAUGAUCCCUAUGCGGAGUUAGGAGCCGUCCUGGGUGCCGCGGAUGGGGACGACACGGACUCGGCACGACGAAGGGAGGAAAGCGAACCGCUGUUCUGAAAGCAUGUAUGUUUGUGUGGGAAUAGGGCGGGGAGGGUGCGAUUCCGGACUGAUUAGUGUACUGAGCAUACAUCUUGCUGUCGGUAUACCGGGCGCCUCACGCUAAGCGCGGGGGCGUUGUAUCUCUACAUAAUUACAUCUUGUGUUCGGGGAGAUCGUGGAACUGGGUGGGAGGCGAGAGGGUGGACAUGAUAAGGAUUUAGUGGGAUUGGGAUCGGUUGUGUCGGUGUCGGUGCUCGUGCUCUGAUCCGUGGGUAUGACCGCGGUGACCGCCGAGGUGCGGUAAAGGGAUAGAGAAGCUAUGUCGUUCUAGUGGUCUGAGUGAAUUAUAAUGUUCGCCUAGCCCGUACAUCCUCCGAUGAUAGCUGAUUGUCGCUAUCGGUAGAUGCUUCCCGUCCUCACUCGGUCUCGUCUUGACAACGCUCGGCGUUCCCCCUUGUACAACAUCGAUCUCCACCCCAUACGCUUUCGCGAGAGCAAGCAGCUCCGGCUGACCACCCCAUUGUGCCGUCCCCUCGAUAUUAUCACAGUACUUCGCAUAUUGGUGGGAAGUCAUGAUCCCGUCGUCCGUCGCUCCCGUCCCAUCCUCGCCUUCCAUACUAGGCAAGAACGGCAAGAAGUCGUCCGGAUGCGCGCGCAUAUACUCCGCCGCGGCCUUGCGUGUCGUUUCCGGCCUGGCCUCGCCCUGGGGUAGGAAACCGAGGAUGGAGAGCUGGUCCGCCACCGCGGUGAACAUACAGUUCCCGUCUGGCGGGCAUUCCCACAUCUCCAGGUGGGAUUUGAAGCAUACUGCUCGGAUGGCGGCUUCUUCUGCUCGGGCUUCGGCUUCCAGUUUCGUAUCGGCGGAAGCGUCGAUAGGGGCAUAGGAGGCGGCUAGAGCUUCGGCUUUUCUUGCCUGUCUGGCUUUGAACUUCUCCUUACUGCUCAGCUUCUUCCCCUUGCCCUCAAGAGCCUGCGUCUCCUUUGCCUCCUGUUUUGCAACGUCAUGCAGCACCUGAGCAGCCUCCCCCUUAGUUGCGUCGUCCUUGGCAUCCAGCUGGGCCAUGAGAUCAUCUAACAAGUCGUCGCCCGCUCCCGGAGUGGACUCGGUCUCGGGGGUGAGGGACGCGUUGGAGCCAUUAGGAGUCGAAACGACGUUGCCUAGUGAAGACGCUGAGGGAGGAGAGAACAUGUCCUUUAUUUUCCUCCUG